AUGGGUCAGAAGUGGUUAUCCACGAAAAAUAUGUACCGGUCAACGAACACGUCUCAAAAGAUUGGUGAAUCACCAGAUCGGACUAUUCAACGUAAAUUGAUUGAUAUGGGUAUACACUAUCGAAAAAAGAAACGUGCUCCUCGAUACACAGAAAAACAAAUCGAAGAAGCGCCAACGUGUGCUCUACGUUUAUAUCGUACAUUAUUGAACAAUGAUUUUGAACUUAUUAUGGGCGAUGAAAAAUAUUUCACUUUAACCAAUGAAUCGGUGUCAACUAAUCGUGGAUUCUACACAUCAGAUCCAACUACCACACCUUUAGAUGUGAAAUUCAAACGCACUCAAAAGUAUCCUGCUAAAGUUUUGGUCUGGAUCGCAAUAUCUGAAAAAGGGAUAUUAAAGCCGUUCUUUUCAAAACGAACAGAAGCAAUUAAUGAAAGAACAUAUUUGAAAAAAUGUGUUGAAGAACGUUUGAUACUGUUUGUGAACAGCUAUCACAAAUAUCGAAAAAGUGUUAUUCUGACCUGA